AUGUUUCGAGCUUCUAAUAUUGAGGCAAUUCAUUCUAUAAAUGAAAAACUUGAUGACAAAAACGAUGCAGAUAACACAGAAAUUAAUGGAAUACAAAAUAGAGUUAAUCAUAAUGGAACAAACAGCUCCAAGAAUAAACGACAUAAAGCACAAUUUCAUCACAAACAAAGGAAAAAUUCUACCCGACAGAUUUUUCCACAAAAACUUCAAGAACAUUUAACCUUAAUGCAAAAGGUUCACGAGCGUUAUGGCUGUAUGAGAAAGGAGAAAGGCGAGCUUAAAGAAGCCAAGUUGGAUACCUCUGCGAAAAGGUUGCUCCACCCAGCGAGCUAUCAGAGGAUGAUGCAACGCGUCAUGGAUUCACAUAAACUGCGAUUAUUACAGCCCGAACCGCCUGCAAAUUUACUACAUGGAAAUAUGUUGUGUGCAUUGUGUUUUCAACAUUGCGGAACUAAUCAACGCCCAUUGGUUUGUUUUUAG